UUUAAAAAUAUAUAUAUGUUUUAGAUAAAGAAGAGGCAUGUUAGAGUUUAUAACAAAAUUUGUAAUUGGGAGUUUUAAAAAUAAUAGAAAAAGAAAGAGGUGUGAAGGAAAAUCUAAAACACAAACUAUAAGAAGUCGAAAAGGGGGAAAGAAGGAUUUAAAUCUAAAUUUGAUUAAGAGAGAAAGAGGGGUGAGUCAAUCCUAUUAUAUUUUCUCUAAAACCCCAAAAUCUCAAGAACCCCCCCUUUCUUUUUAUCUUCUUCCUCGGUUCGGCCUGUGAAAAUAUAUGGAUUCCCGCCCUUCAACUUCCACCGCCGACCCCCCAAAAGAACAAGAAACCACACUCUCUACAAAUGAAGAAAUCAGCGAUCAAAACCCGAGCGACCAGGACGAUCACCUUCCACUAAUAAAGAGAAAGAGAACCAGAAUGAAACAACUCGCAAGGCGACACAAACUCUUUAGAGAAAAAAGACUAAAACGCCAACUCAUCCACCCAGUCGACGAUCCAAUUCCCAAGUCCAAAGAAGAACCACGAGGCAAGGACUUCGUAUUCGACUCAGAAACCGAAAGCGAGAGCGAUACAGAUCCAAAUCAAGAAACCCUAAUAUUUAGGGUUUUGGCAGAAAUGGUCGAAUCAGAAAAAGAUUCCCUCGAAAUCAUACCUGACGAAUACAAGAAUCUGAUGAUUUUCAUGGGAGGAUCGUGGAAUUUUUGCCCUAGUUUGGUGAUGGAGAAACGACUGAAGAAAGGGGAUGUGGAGGAACGAAGAAAUCGGCUGUUGAUUCCACAAAGGAAGACGAGAACGAAUUUUCUGGAUGUUGAAGAAGAAGAGCAGUUGAACAGAGAUGUUUGGUGGAUGGUGGAGAUUAUUGAGCCUGAUUGUACGGUGAGUUUGAUUACGCUGAGUAAAUGGGAAACGUGGAAGGGAGUGGCGUAUGUUUUGAUAACGGAGUGGAAUGGAUUGGUGGAGAGGAAUGAUUUGAAGGAAGGUGAUUUGAUGCAGCUAUGGAGUUUUCGUGCCGGCGGCGACCGUGGACGGCUCUGUUUUAUGCUUCUGGAGGUGGAAGAAAUCCGAGAAGACGGUGGUGAAAUUGCUGCCGCUGAAUCUUAGUGGUUAGGAGAUUUUUUUUUCCCCUUUUGGAGGGGUAUUUUGGUAAUUUUUUCUAGUUCUUUUUUAAAGACUAUUGGUGUUUGUUUUCAUUGAAACUAAUUGUAUAUAAUAAGUACAUUUUCAUACGUUUCUUCUGAGCUAAAAUGGAUGAAAUCGGGCAUA